AUGUGGUAUUUGGAUCAAGUGUUACAGAAUCAAAGUUGUGUAGUCUUCAUUUACAGAUUCCAUCAGGAGACAGAUGAAGUUAACAGCUCCGUUCGCACUAGCAUAAAGGGAGUGGCGUACACGAACAACAGGGUCUGGGAUCCAGCAGAAUACGCUAUACCAAUGCAGGCAAUAAACUCUUUUUUUGUGAUGACCAACAUCAUUAAGACAGAGAAUCAGAUUGAGGGGAGCUGCCCUGAGUAUCCCUUCGCCAAAGCAAUCUGCUCUUCAGACAAAUCCUGUGAAAAAGGUGGUGUAGAUAUCCACAGUCAUGGAAUUCAAACAGGAAGAUGUGUGGAAUAUAAUGCAACUGUUAAAACCUGUGAAGUCAAGGCAUGGUGCCCUGUGGAACCCAUGGAAAAUCCCCCCAAGCCUGCUGUUCUGAGUACUUCGGAAGACUUCACUGUGCUAAUAAAGAACAACAUUCAGUUCCCAAAAUUUAAUUACACCAUACUAAAUAUUCCACCGAAUUUAAACACUUCCUGCACAUACAACAAGAUAACUUCCCCACUCUGUCCAAUUUUCCGUCUGGGAUAUAUCCUUCAGGAAGCAAAAGAGAAUUUUUCUGAGAUGGCGGUAAAGGGAGGAAUCAUUGCCAUUGAAAUUAACUGGGACUGUAACUUGGACAGCUGGUUUUACGACUGCAGUCCAAAGUAUUCUUUCCGCCGCCUUGAUGACAAAAAAAUAUCUCCUGGAUUCCACUUCAGAUAUGCAAGGUACUACAAGCUACCAGAGGCGGCAGAGCAGAGAACCCUUUUCAAAGUCUUUGGAAUACGGUUUGAUGUCCUUGUCUACGGCACAGGUAGAAAAUUUAACGCCAUUGAACUAAUUAAAAACAUUGGGUCCAUGAUCUCCUAUUUUGGUUUGGUUGCAAGUGCCAUUGAUAUUUGUAUCCGUAUGAGAGAUUUCACCAGCCGCGGCAAGUCACCAUUAUACCAAAUUUACAACCAGAAAAAGUAUGAAACUGUGCUGAAUCCAUUACAGGUCAUGUAUGUGUCCUAUGUUGAUGACCCGCAUGUUACCUUGAUAAAGAAGCCUCUGAAAACAAGCUUGCAGCAUGCUCAGGGCACCAUUGUUGAGAGCCACCCUGCGAAAUUCUGUGAUGCUGACAGCUGCAGCACCAGCGAAUCCGACGAGAACCAGGAUAAUGAAGAACCGGAGCCAGUGCAGACCAGUGAGUUCAAUGAGGAUGGUGAGGAUGAAGCAUAUGACAUGGGGCACCCUCUCAGACAGGACGGCUCUUCCCCAGGCUGCCAGAAGUGGUGCUGCUGCGGCAGAUGCCAGCCAGCACAGAGGUACAACGAGCAGCUCUGCUGCCGAAGGAAAAAAGGGCAGUGCAUCACAACCUCCGUUUGGUUUCAGCAGCUGGUGCUCUCCCGUCAAACCCUGAAUAAAGCUCUUCUCUACAGAGACCCCUUUCUGGAUCUGAUGGAUAGCAAUGCCAACAACCGCCUGCGCCACCUUGCUUACAAAAAAUACAUUCACUGGCGCUUUGGCUCUUUUGAUCUGGAAGACAGAGCUGUCAUCCCAAGCUGCUGCAGGUGGAGCAUUAGAAAUACUUACCCCAAAGCAGGCAACAACUACAGUGGUUUUGAGGUGGAAUGA